AUGGCCUUUCGUGGGCACAGCUGUAGCGGCAACAUGCCACUUGGAAGUAAAGAGGUUCAGCUAUUUCUCAUAAAAAGUAUGAGAGUAGCAAAUACUGUGUUUUUAUUGAUGUUUGAUGAAAUAUCACUAUCUUCAAAAUUGUCAUAUGAUCGUAAAAAGGAUCACAUUGUUGGUUUUGUAGAACUAGCGAAUGGCAGAAAAAGUUUAUUUGCGAAUCAUACACUUGUUUUCAUGAUAAAAGGAAUAAAGGAUCGUUGGAAGCAACCAGUUGCUUUCUACUUUUCCGAAGGUGGAGUUGGUGCCAAAGUUUGCGACCAAUAUGCGGCAAAUUGUAAAGCAGUUAAUAUGCUUUUAAAUGAUACAGAAGAAUAUUAUAAAACAAAAAACCUUCACUGGAAUAAACUGUUUUUUGAAAUAGAUGGUCAUGAGAUUGUACCUUUAUAUGAUCCUCCACAUUUGUUAAAGUGUUUAGAUGGGGACGAAUAUGAAGCAUCUUGGAAAGACAUCAUAGAUUAUUAUAAUUAUGAUUCUACUUCAAGUAUGUUUCGUCGUUGUCCUACAUUAACCGAACACCACCUUGAUCAAACAAAAAUGAAACGUGUGAAGGUCAGUCUUGCUGCGCAAGUAUUUUCUCAACGGGUAGCACAUGGACUUCAAAACUCCGGUUACCAAGUAGUAGCUGGAAGUGUUACUUCAUAUGGUACCGGAGAAUUUUUGAUGUUCAUGGACUACUUAUUUGAUAGUGUCAAUGGUUUAUCAAAAUUGCCAUUGAAUGCCAAAUUAGUUUUGAAUUCAAUGCAGUUCAUAAAAAGCAAAGGUUUAGUUAAAGUUUUAACUAAACCUCCUUGCAUUAAAAAUUGGAUUAGAACGAUAGAGGGUUUGAGCUACAUUUGGCAGAAAUUAAAAGUAGUUCAGGGUUUAAGUUACUUAUGCACCAGAAAUUUUAACCAAGAUCCCUUGGAGAAUUUUUUUUGUUGCAUAAGGAGUCAUGGGGCUUCGAAUACUAAUCCAAGUUGUUACUCUUUUGUGUCUGCCUUUAGAACUUUGCUUGUCAACAAUUUAUCAUCUCGUCAUUCACCUUCUGCUAAUUGUGAAAUCGAUGAUAUAACCGGGUUAUUUGCCACAUUUCGAGUGUUUUUGAAUAAUGAAGAUGUCUUGGAAACUGACUCUCUGAUCAAUAUGUCUAUUGAGCCGUUUCAUUUCCAAGACAUGUCAUUGUACAGUAAAACUGCUAACGCUUAUGUUGCAGGAUAUUGUACUAAGAAACUUCUCGGAUAUGUUGGUGAAUGCCAUGUUUGUACAUCUGAACUAUUAGCAGAUCCAAUUGGCAGGGAUGAAGUUUCUUGGAUUGCAUCCAGAGAUUACACUGGCCAUUCGCUUUUGGUCCCAGGAAAUGAAUUUUUAAUAAAGAAAGGAGAAUUAACAGCAACUAUGGAGAGGGGUUUGCUCAGAAAUUUGAAAAAUUUAUUUAGUGGAGAAUUCAAAUCUGCAACUAUAGGUCUAAAAGGUACAUUGGUUUUGUAG